GUUUUUUUUUUUUCGGUACAAAGGAGGGCGUUAGCCCGUUAUAAAUUAACUAAACGUGGGAUUGCCACUCCACAAACAUCACGGCUCAGAAGUGUUCGUAAAGCUUGUGGAGGUUCCUGGAAAAUAGUCAUCCCCGCCGUAAACCCUUUCCUAGCUUCGCCAAGUAAUCUGCACAACAGUUUCCUUCACGCCACGAGUGUUCCAAAUUACAUUCCGUCAUCUUUGUCGAUCGUCCUCCCAUCUUCUCCUGCAAAGUCGAAAACCCUGAUUUUACUAAAAUAUCUGCAACUUUUGCCCCCUUUUGAUCCUGCUCAGCUAUGGCGAUGACCGUUGAAGGGCUUGCUUUUAUGUUCUCAGCUAGCAUAUUGUUACAGAUCCUGGCUUGUGCAAUAUACAGUAACUGGUGGCCAUUGUUAUCAGCUCUUAUGUAUGUUCUAGUGCCCAUGCCUUGUAUGUUCUUUGGUGGUGGGACUACUCAGUUCUUAACUAGUCGUGAUGGUGGAGGAUGGAUAGAUGCUGCAAAGUUCUUAACAGGGGCAUCAGCAGUGGGGAGCCUAGCCAUUCCAAUCAUUCUCAGGCAUGCGAAUCUGAUUGGAACCGGAGCUAUGUUCAUUGAAUUUACUUCUUUCUUCAUAUUUGUGUGCACUGUUUUGUGUUUCCACCGUGCUAGUCUUGAAGAUGAAUGGUGAUGGUAAUGACGCAAUAGUCUUGUAAGUUUGCAUGUUGAUCGCUUGCAGGUGCUCUAACAGACAAAUGAAGAAUAACAUUCGGAAUGAAGUGGAGAAUGUUUUCCCAUGUAUAUAGCUAGAACACAAGUUCUUUCCUGAAUCUUCAUAAUUUAUUAGGUUCCCUCUUCCACAAGUUGUGAUAUGAAUUUUAUAACGGGAUUAGAUAUUAUUGCUAAGAGAUCAGUAAGACCUCUUACAAACAGGUGCAGACAUAAUCACAUAAGAAUUGUGUAUUUGUUGCAUGUACUGGAGAUAGUAGUGUGGUUUGGUU